AUUGGAAUCGUAAUCAUAUAGGACUUAGUCAUGAAUCGUUCAGAACCCGCAACAGAGUCUGGUGGUCGCGUCAAAGGUGCAUGCAUUGUGAAACCCAUUGUAUAUGGAAACCUAGCUCGAUAUUUUGGAAAAAAAAGAGAAGAGGAUGGACACACACAUACUUGGACAGUUUAUGUUAAACCAUAUAAAAAUGAAGACAUGUCAGUAUAUGUCAAAAAAAUUCAAUUCAAACUACACGAAAGUUAUGCAAAUCCAUUGAGAGUUGUAACAAAACCACCAUAUGAGAUAACGGAGACUGGAUGGGGUGAGUUUGAAGUCGUUAUCAAGAUAUUUUUUCAUGAUCAAGUAGAGAGAGCAAUCACAUUAUAUCAUCCCAUAAAACUGUUUCAAAAUGAAACUAAUAUUAUGCUUGGUAAAAAAACUGUUGUAUCAGAAUGGUAUGAUGAAAUGAUAUUUCAAGAUCCAACUGCCAUGAUGCAUUCUUUACUCACAAGUACAAGACAAUUGACUUUGGGUGCACAUAAACAUGAAACUGAUUUUGAGGAAAAAGAGAAGGAAACUAUAGAGAAGUUACAUUCUGCCAAAACACAAGUGCAAAAUGAAAUCCGAGAAUAUAAAGAAAGAUUGAAGGCAAUUCGAGAAAAUAUUGACAAUUUUAAAGAGGAAAUACGAAAGCUUGAAAGCGCUGAUGCCCCACAAGGUUGACUUGAAGUUAUGAAAAAUCAUUAGGAGUCUACUAAAUAGCAUCUCUACUGGUUGCUCAUUAAUUCACGUCCUCCUGUUAUAUGAAUAUGAGCCAACCUAGUUACCAUGAACAUAGCAGUUGCAAGUACGCAAGUUAAUAGACAUUUUUACAAAUCAUGACCCCAAACUUUAGUUAUGUGGAAUUGAAUUCUCCACCUUAUAGCUAGCUGUUUUUUGAUCGUAUUUAUAUGAACUGCUUGAAGUCUUAAGUCAAUCGAUAUUCCCUAAAGCGCAAUCCCACACUAUAUUUUUUUAGUGUUAGUAUUUCUUUGUCAUCUUUGUUGUCACCCAUAGCUUCACUCAGGGUUCAUUCUUCUCGAUUUCUGAACGAGUUCUUGUGAUCUAUCUUAGAGAAAAUAUUCUCGGGAAUACAAUAAAAAAACUAGCUGAAAGUGCAA